GCACAGAUGGAUAUGUAAGCGAACAUUUUACACCUGUCUGAAAAGUUCCACGAGGUGUUGGUCCCAUGGCAGGACCAGCCACGCAAGAGCACUUGAAGACCCAGCAAAAAUGUAUUGCUAUCUUUGCCCUGGUCUGCUGCUUUGCUGUUCUGGUGGCUUUAUUUUUCUCCUCCGUGGACAUUUGGGGAGAUAGUGAAGACGGCAUCACAGAGGAGAACUGCAGCAGGAACUGUCGCAUUGUUCUUGUGGAGAAUAUUCCUGAGGACCUCUUCCCUGCCGAUGCCAAGACAAACAUGCCCCUGUCUGCUGGCUUCCACACACUCUUGGAUCUGGCCAAAUAUUCCAUCGAGGUAGUGUCACCUGUCUGGAACCUCAACUCCUGUGACACGGACACCAAACCAGGCUCUGCAAAACAGGGUCAACUUUUGUUCCAGAGACUGAUUGGACUAAAAUCUCGAGGGGUUAAAUUGAAGAUUGCCAGCAGCCUGACUAAUUCAGUUGAGCUGAAGACCUUGGUGGAACACGGUGCUGAGGUUUCUUUUGUUAAUAUGACAGCCUUCACCAGAGGGGGCCUGAAUUCUUCAUUCUGGAUAGUGGACCGUAAGCAUAUGUAUAUAGGGACUGGCGAUAUGAACUGGAGGUCAUUUUCUAAAAGGAAAGAAAUGGGGCUGGUGCUGUAUAACUGCAGCUGUCUGGCUCUGGACCUGCACAGAGUCUUCUCCUUUUACUGGCAGCUACAUGAGAGAGACUACAUCCCCACCAUCUGGUCUAGAAGAGUCUCAGCCCUCUACAAAAUAGACGAGCCACUGGAGCUCCAAGUCAAUGAAACUGAAGCCACAACUUUUGUUUCUACCUCUCCUGAACUCUUCUGUGCUAAAGAUCGGACCAAAGAUGUAGAUGCCAUAUAUCAAGUCAUUCACAGUGCAAAAUCAUUCAUCUUCAUCUCGGUGACAGACUACCUCCCAUUGGUCAACAGGAAGCUCAGAGGAGGUGCAGAUACCAGGUAUUGGUCACCUAUUGAUGAGGUCAUCAGAGAAGCUGUGAUGCUGAGAGGGGUCAAAGUUCGCAUGCUUAUUACUCACUGGAAAAAAACUCACCCUCUCACCUUCAACUUCGUCUCUUCCUUGAAGUCACUUUGUUUGGAACUUCACAACUGCUCCCUUGAAGUGAGAUUCUUUAGUCAAAAGGAGAAAAAGGGGGACUUCCAAGACCUUCUCAAUCACAACAAAUACAUGGUGACUGAUAACGCUUUAUAUAUUGGUAACCACAACUGGGUCGGUAGUGACUUUGCCAUUAAUGCAGGAGUGGGGCUUGUAAUUAUGAUGCAGAAUAAUCUUAAAAAUAGAGGAAGGACAAUCAUCGGCCAAGUCAGAGCAGCUUUUGAUAGAGACUGGAGAUCACGUUAUGCCAAGAGCCAUCAAGGAAGUAAUCAUCAAAACAGCAAAUACAGAGAAUGCAAUUCAAAGACAAAGGAGAGGGAAAAUGAUUCAAUAUCCUCCCUAUGAGCACUCAUGAGCGCAGAAUGCACU